AGGAAACCACCUCCCCUGCUACUACCUCCCCAGGGACGUUUGUUCGAGCUAAUGAGCUAACUGGCUAAUCACUAAAGGAGGAAGAAGAAGUUCAGUGGGACCUUGGCCUGAAACAACCCGAUGGAUCGUAGUGCAGAUUCUGGGACGCUCACUCCACACUCAGCUGUAGAAGAGUUUGCGUUGGAGCAGAGCCUGUCUCUGUCUAGCGCCUCCUGUCAAAGAGAAAGCGGAGGCCCCAUCUUACUACAGCUGUUGGAAUUUAAAACUCAUCUACUUGAAGCUGUAGAGGAGCUGCAUAUUCGGAAGGAUGCAGAGACGCACUUUGAGGAUCACAUCGGUAAACUGGUGCUGGAGAAACAGGAGCUGGAGUGGGAGAGGGAAUCCCUCCAACAUCAAAUUGAAACAGUCGUGAAUCAGCACACAGAGUCACUCACCAGUGUGAAGAAGCAGUUUCAGGCCAAAAUCAGAAACAUUGAGGAGGAGAAGGGGAAAUACCAGGUCAGUGCUGAGUUAAAGGACAAAGAGAUUAACAACUUAAAAGAAGAACUGAGGUCGCUGCAGUUGCUGAAGUUCAACUUGGAGAAGAAAUCAAAGGAGCUGGAACAGAAACUGGCCUUGCAGAGCAGGUCGAAGGACAGUCACCUGAACCAGCUGGGGGAGGUGGAGAAACGCUUCAGUGCCCUGUCCAAGCAGUGUGCCACGGUCAAGAAGGCCCACGAGACACUCGAGCAAAAUGUUGAUGAGGCCAUGAGAAUCAAUAAGAAACUAACUUCUGCAAAUGAAAAACAAGAAGCAAACAUCGCGUCACUGAAGAAGAGGUUGGAGCAGGUGAAUAACAAGCUGAUUAAAACCAAGAUGAUGUCAGUCACACAUGACAAGUUCCACCACGGCCAAACGGGCAAAGAGCAGCACGUAGAGAGACUGCACCAGAAACUGAGCACGGAAACUGAAAAGAACAAGAAGCUGGAGGAGGAGAAUGUUGCUGUAAGAGCAGAGAAGCAGGAGCUGGUGAUGUCAUUACAACAUAACCAGCAGCUUCUGUUGAGUCAGACACAGACAGUGACCAGAGUAGAGAUGGAGCUGCAGACACAACAAGAACAGUGCCAGGCCCUUAAGCAGGAACAGGAAGUGAUGCGAGACAAAAGCAAGGCGAUGGAAGAUAAGGUGGCCCAACUGAUGGAGUGCCACGCUGCUUCCAUGACGAGCUGGGACAAAGAGAAGAAAAUGAUUCUGGACGGCAUCAAGAGUGAACAGCAAGACCUUCGAUCAGUGAAGGAAGCCUACGACGAGCUUCAUAAGAAACACACUGAUGUGUCUUCACUGGCCAAAGAACAGGCACGGCACAUAUUGGAAUUAGAGACGAGAAACCACAGUCGGAGCCGCCUCAGUGUUUCAGCCCAGGUCGUCCUUCCUAUCGAACCCAGCGAUGAGCUGCUGAGCGUCUGCAGCCUGCAGCACUCGGCCUCCUCUCAGACUAAAAAACCAACAGGAGCUGUUGAGAAGCUUGUUGCCACUGGAGCAACUGGAGGACAAGAAGCUCUGAACUCUCCAGAUCUGUUUAUACAUCCACAUAUCACCACCAACCUCUCCAGCUCCUGCAGUCAUUCUGGAACAACAAGCAAUGACAUCAAUAUAUCAAACGAGUACAUAACAACUUCAAUUCUUAUGCCUUCCUCUGUGUCUGGCGACGAUCUCGUGAUUAGCAAAGGUCUCUGUGUGAGUGACACUACGUCCCUAUCAGAGCCUGACCAUGGGUUCAUCAAAGGGCCUCUAGGUUUCCUGAGCAGAGACAGAAAUGAGGACGAGGAAGUGGGGAACACGGGACUGAAUGAGGGAAGACAUGGAAAGAAGGAUGAUGAGGGACAAGAAAAGGACAAAAAAUUGGAGGAAAAGGUAACAGAGCAGCAGCGGGAUAGAGAAGACGCCCAAGGAGAAGAUUCAGAAGGGGAAGGGAGUUCUGGAGAGAAGAGAGGAACAACAGGUACCGCAGACAGACGAGAGGAUGGCCAGCGGUCAGCGGAGGAAGCAGAGGACACCAGAAACUCUGAAAGUGAAACAAGAGAUAAAGACGAGGGACCGGGGUCAGACGGAGUAGAGCAGAGAGAAAAGACAGGAGAGCAGACUACAGCAACACAGAUACCGACCCAGACGACCACUGAUUGCUCCUCGGAGAAGAGCAACAAACUGCAGGUCGUUGACUUCAUGGACGCUGAGAUACCGCUGGUUGUCUGUGAGCCCUCCCACUGCAAAGAAAGUCGCUGUCAGGAAUCCACUGAGCAGGACGCUGACUCCAGCCAUGUGAACGAGGGAUGUGGGACAGAGAAAGGACAGUUUCUCUUCACCCUCGGUCAUGAUGAGGUCCAAACAAGUGUCGAUCAUGGGCCUAAAUCCGUCAUUCAAGUCUGUCAAGUUGAGAUUCAAACUGAGCCGCUCACUCAGCUGCCAAAUCAAAUUCAUCAAGUCUCUGAGGAAACCACAGAGGAGACGCCAGCGGACAAAUCAGCAGCUGAGCCUCUGAGUGAUUGUAGCUCUGCUGUGCUUCCCUCAGCUGCUCAAACAGACAUUAUUUUCAGUAUCAGUGACUUAGAGACGACUGCAGCGCAAUCAGUACAGAAUAAUCCCUCUGGCAUUAACAGCGACAUGAAGCAAACACAUGAAACGAGUCACGAACACGUGAGUGAAGAAUGUGAAUUAGUGAGAACGUUUGUCAAACCACAGCCACAACCAAAGCAAGAGAAGGGGCAAGAGAAGUCUCUGACACCCGAUGAAGAUGAUUCCGGUGCGAAGAGCGAAUGUCAGUCAAAUGUGGAGACACAAGAAAACUGCGACAGUGAGAUUAUCCAGAUGAAACCUAAUUUAAAGGACGUCGAUAUCACGAUGGACACUGAAGACGUUGAAUCUGCCAAAGGUCAGGACCAAAUGAAAAAUGACAAACCAGAAGACGCAGGAGAUGAAAAGACCAAUAAAAGUGGGACUCAAUUGAAGACGUCCGUCCCCUCAACUGGACCCAGGUCGACAUUUGAUCUGGUCUCAGUCCUGCAUCAGUUUGCUCAGGGAUCUGAGCAGAAUAAGAGUGGGUCUGGUGGACGCUUCAAACAUCUUCCCAGCAGAUUAACCAUGUUCCCCAAAAGCAAACACAGCAAAGUCCCCUCGGUGAUUACCGGGGCGUCGGAUCUGUUGAAUGCCUCCAGUGUCUCUGGGAAUGCAGCUUCCUCCGCGAGGCAGCAGCAGGGAGAGUGGAAAUCUUCGGAGGAGACAGCGGCAGCAGCUACGGAGAGCAGAGCUUUUCUGUUGAUCGCUCCUUUUCCAGUCUCGACCUCCCUCAGCACAGUCAGUGGAUUGUCAUGGCCGACCAUGCCAGGGUGUAGCAGCGCUGCCUCCUCAGCUGCAGCUCCUGCUGCCGACUCUCACUGUGAACUGUCCUUCUCUCAGGAGAGGGAAGAGCAACAGGCCUCAUUCAGAGCGCAGAUCUCCAGAAUCGAACAGUUUCUCAACACGGAGAGACUCCGUCUGCCCAAAAGACGAAGAACUGACAACUAAACCAUCACAGGUACAAACGUGUAGUGAUGGAUGCUGCUGUGUCUGUAGUUAUGGGUCACACAUACACACGCAGCAUUUUAUAGAUGCAGUCAGAUGAGCUAACGUAAUAGUUUUCUUAAGUUGGACUCUUAUCUUCAUUUCUUAAGUCUCAUCCUCUCUUCCAUUUAUUUUAGUCAUUGCAUAAAAAGACAAGAGCCAAGAAAACAGAAGCAUCAGAGUUGUUUUUACUUUUACACUCAACCACACAAAUUAACUUUGAAAUAUUCAAAACUUGAAACCAAAAAUUUAGAAAAGCCGAUUGUUGCUUUUCUGGGCCAUAAAAAGAAAGAAACCUCCUGAAGGAUAAUUAAUGACAUUGUUGACUGUGACGACUGCAGAAACGUCAGAACACAACCAUCCAGCUUACUUACAAAAUAUUGAUUCAAGCAGACAGACACGUACCCGGUAUCUGUA